CACUUUGUUCUCACAACGCAGAUUCCAAUUCUCUUAUCCAAAUCAAAAGCCCGAGAAUCAACUCCAACCUUCAACCACCACAAUGUUCCGAACACUCACCCAUCUGCGUCUCCGCGCGCGCCCCCUCCUCGCCAUAACCAAACCCUUCGUCGUCGACGUCGGAGCAGCGAAAUCCCGCACGCCAACCUGGGAGCCAACACUACACCUGGAUAGCCUCUGCCAAGACGACUCACCCCCCGAUAACAGCGACGAGACAGACUUCCAGCCCGAGAUGUGGAUGAGCACGUUCAGCGCGUUCGAUCCGGGGGCGAUGCGACCGCUGCUUACAAGCGGGCUGUCGAUGCCGGGAGGGAUGGCAAUCUUCGGUUCGCGGGUCGAGAGGGGUAGUACUGCGGGCGGGAUGGGAGUUGAAGCGACGCCUACUGUGAAGGAACAGGCAGAUUCGUGGAUCGAUCGGCUGCCGCGGUUUUUGCAACCGCAGGUUGGUACGACGUAUGAGAUGGUACGGAGUGGUCGGGAAGAGUCUGAACGCGGAGUCGGCAGGCGGGUCGGGCUUCUGCAACAAGUUUUGUAUGGUGUGCCGGAGCCGGAAGCAGUUGUGUGUGGAGCGGUGAGGAAAAGGGGGUGGGUGCAUAAGGUGGUUUAUGGGGUCCAAGAUGAGGAUGAAGAUGUUGUUCGAGUUGUUGUGGAGGAUGCGGGUGAGAAGGAAGCUGUUGUGGUUGCGGUUGCCGAAGUCGUAGGAGGUGAGGCGGCAGUGAUGCGGAAAGAGACGGGUGACUUCGACGUCAUUGCGAAGUAGAAGUCAGGGUGCUGCGAUGGUUUGGAAGGUGGGGUCCUUGUGCCUGCUCUCUUUUUCGCCAUCUUCCUUCUUUGCGUGUGGGGCGUGAGCUUUCGAU